AUGGGAGCCGGAGCAUCAAAGACCGCACGCCGCCUGCCGACCAAGGUGCCGACGAGCGCGCACGCGAACCCGACGGCGGCUGUUCGCCCUUCCGCGGAGGCGCUCGCCGCUGCUGAGAAGCCGGCGGGCCAGGCCCUCGACUACGGCAAGAAGGACAAGGAGGACAAGUCGGCCGAGCCGUUCAGCGGGGAGAAGGACGAGGAGUACACGAACCGCACCAACAUUCCGCCCCCGGGGACGCUGACGGUGUCUAUGCUGACCGGCCUGCUCGACCAGCUCAAGACGCUGCCGCCCGGCACUGACCCGAGCCACUUGUACCGACAGUACGGAAUGACGCCCGAGCUGCUGGCGCCGGUGCGACAGUGGGUCAACUCGCCCUCUGUUGGUGACGAGGAGUACAAGAUGCUCGACCGCAGCGAGAACCAGACCGUCGAGACGGAGAUUGAGAUGCCGGCCGUGUGGGUCGAGAGCAAAGAUAAGCUUGCUCCGCUCAAGAACUAG